AUGAAUUCAAGAACGUAUUGUGUUAUUUUUUAUGGUAUAUCCUUGCUUGUAUAUGUUAUUAUCAUAUUUUUCUUAAAUAGAUUUGAAAAGCAAACAAUACCAUAUGAACGAAUUAAGGAUAUAAUAAAAAUCAUUAAACAUGCUAAUAAUAAUAUAGGUAUAAUAAGUAAUAAGAUUGAAGAUGGAAAUAUACAAAUAAAACAUCAGAACAAUUUUUUAAUAAAUUUAAAUAUUGUUUCGGGGUGUGCAAAUGAUAACAUUGAUAUGUUUGAGGAGAUGUUAAAAUCAUAUAUUGAAGAAAAAAUAAAAUUAGAAAAUGAUAAAAUUGUAUCCUCAUUUUUAUUAGAAGAAUUAAAUAACGUACAAGAUAUUUUUACAGUGACUAUAAAUGUAAUUAAUAAGGAUAUGAUUAAAAAAGAUACUAUAGGUGUAUAUUCAAAUAUAUGUAAUAAAUUAUUAAGCAAAAAUAUGAUGAAUGAUAAUAUUAAUAAUAAUUAUUAUUUAUAUAUUAUAGCAAAUGAAAAAAAGAAAAAAGAAAAAAAAGACAACCUAUCAUUCACACUAUCGACAACGAAUAUAUUAGAAUUGUAUUAUAAUAAAGUGGAGGAAAAUAGUAUAAAUGUUUAUCAACAAUAUAUUUAUAUAACAUGGGAUGUUUUAAAAAAUACAUUUUUAGAUAGGGGAUCAAAAACAAAAAAAAAAAAUUUUAUACCUUUUGUUCCUGAACUUGAUUUAAAUUUCUUUUUGGCUAGUUGUUUAUAUAAUAAAUUAAAUUACAAGAUAGGGAGAAAUACAACGGGGGGAGUUGAAAUGGGAGGGGUUGUGAAUGAUGUAGAUUCGUGUUACGAAAAGGAUUGUAAUAUUAAACAUACGGAUGAUAAUGAGGAUAUUAAUAAGGAUGAUAAUGAGGAUAUUAAUAAGGCUAAUAAUAAGGAUAUUAAUAAGGCUAAUAAUAAGGAUAUUAAUAAGGCUAAUAAUACAUAUAUUAAUAAGGCUAAUAAUAAGUAUAAUAUUCAUAAUAAUCGAGGGAAGACAUAUAACCCCCCUUUAAUUGCUGUAUGGGAUUUUUAUAAAGAUUUUUAUUACCCAUAUAUAAGACCAUUUAUUGAGCGUCUAUUAUAUAUUUAUCAAAUUAAUAUAUACCCCCAAAUUUUAAGUAACAUAAAUAUGUAUGAAAUAUCAGAUAAUAUAAAUUUAUAUAUAGAAGAAAAAGAAAAAGGAAAUGCUCGAUUAAUUAUUCUAGAUAAAAUCACCAAAUUCACAAAUAUUUUUGAUGAAAUCACAUUUGAUAAUGUUUUAUCAAAGCCUACAUAUGAAGUACCUAAAAAUAUAAAUUUUAUGGUUGUUUUUCCAAAUGGGGAUGAAAUAUAUUUUUAUAAUAAUCUGAGUAAAACAAAUAAAAUAGAAACAGCUGUUUCUAUUGCCGAAUGGGGUACAAUAUAUAUAAAUAAUGAAUUUACACAAUUAAAAGAUAGAAGUAAUUAUAAUAAUAAAAAUAAUUUAGUAAAUAUAUCUAACCAAGCACAUGUGAUCAGUGGAAUUUUUAUUUCUCAUUUCAGAUCUUUAUUAGGAUUAUGUUCAAUUUUUUCAGAUUGUAUAUAUAAUAUUUUUAAUAGUGAUACAUAUAAUAUAAAAUAUAUAGAAACAAUAUCUAGCGAAAUAGAUAGUUACAUAUCUUAUAUUAUAUCUGAGGAAAACAAUUUGUCCUUUUCUUUUUUUUAUCAUAUUCCUUUAAAGAAUAGUAUUUCUAAUUACGAAUUGUUGGCAUUAAUUAGACAAGCAUAUACAUAUCAUAUAAUGGAAACAAUUCAGAAUUUAUAUAAAUUUUUAUCUAUAUCAAAAAUAAGUAUAUAUAUGAAGGUUCCCUAUUACACCUUAACAAUAUUUAAUAAUAUAUUAAAUAAUAUAGAAUGUAGUUUAAUAUAUAUGCAAGGUAGAAUAUGCGGCAUAAACCAUAUUGAUAAAAUAGUUGAAGAAAAAUUUAAAAAAGAAAAUGAUGAUAAAGAAAAGGAUGGAGAGGAAUUAUUUUUUAAAGCAGCACUGAUGUUAGCUCAAUCUGCUUAUCAAGAUUCUCUGCAAUUAUUGGGUGAUGACAAAAUAUCCAUUUAUGACAUAUUGUCUAAAGAUUUUAUGUUGGCUUCUUUUCUUCCUGUCGUAAUCCCUUUUGGUUUGCCAAUAAUUUGUUCCGUAUUCCAGGAACUUAUCAAAUACUUAAAAAAAAGAAAGACCAAAAUCGACUAA